CGCUCUGUUUGGGCUGUGUGUUUCUAAUAAGCUUUUGUUUGUGACUGAAAAAGGCAGGUGUGUAUCCUUCAAGAAAUAGAGGUACAGACUAAAUGGAUCUAAAGACAGCAGUGUUCAGUGCAGCUCGUGAUGGCAAGCUGCGUCUCCUUUCCAAGUUACUGGCAAGCAAAACCAGAGAAGAGGUGGCCUUACUAAUGUCAGAAAAAACCAAUGGUGCCACACCACUUUUGAUGGCAGCCCGUUAUGGGCACGUUGACAUGGUGGGAUACUUGUUGGACUAUUGCUCUGCUUCUAUAGAAAUUGGUGGUUCAGUUAAUUUUGAUGGUGAGACUAUUGAGGGAGCUCCACCAUUAUGGGCAGCAUCAGCUGCUGGUCACUUGAAGGUGGUUCAGUGUCUGUUAGAUCAUGGUGCAUCUGUCAACAACACAACUCUAACAAAUUCAACUCCACUUAGAGCUGCCUGUUUUGAUGGUCACCUGGAAAUAGUAAAAUAUCUUGUGGAGCACAAAGCAGACUUGGAAGUAUCAAACCGUCAUGGGCAUACGUGCUUGAUGAUCUCCUGUUACAAAGGCCACAAAGAAAUUGCUCAGUAUUUACUUGAAAAAGGAGCUGAUGUUAACAGAAAAAGUGUUAAAGGAAACACUGCAUUACAUGACUGUGCAGAAUCUGGAAGUUUAGAGAUCAUGAAGAUGCUUCUCAAGUAUUGUGCUAAGAUGGAAAAGGAUGGCUAUGGAAUGACUCCCCUUCUGUCAGCCAGUGUGACAGGCCACACAAAUAUUGUGGAUUUUCUGACCCAACAUGAACAGACCAGUAAGAUAGAAUGUAUAAAUGCUCUGGAACUUCUAGGAGCAACAUUUGUGGACAAAAAGAGAGAUCUGCUUGGCGCUUUGAAAUACUGGAAACGAGCUAUGGAAAUGAGAUACAGUGAUAGGACUAGUAUCCUGAACAAACCUGUGCCACAAACACUAAUUAUGGCCUAUGAUUAUGCUAAAGAGGUAAACAGCCCAGAAGAGCUAGAAAACCUUAUUGCAGACCCUGAUGAGAUGAGAAUGCAAGCACUAUUAAUUAGAGAACGUAUUCUUGGUCCUUCUCACCCAGAUACGUCCUACUAUAUUAGAUAUAGAGGUGCUGUCUAUGCAGACUCUGGAAACUUUAAGCGAUGCAUCAGCUUAUGGAAAUAUGCUUUGGACAUGCAGCAGAGCAAUCUAGAUCCACUGAGCCCUAUGACAGCCAGCAGUUUACUAUCAUUUGCUGAACUCUUCUCCUUUAUGCUGCAGGACAGGGCAAAAGGCCUGCUAGGCACUACUGUUACAUUUGAUGAUCUCAUGGGUAUACUGUGCAAAAGUGUUCUCGAAAUAGAGCGGGCCAUGAAACAAAUCCAGUGCCCUCCUGAUCCAAUACAGCUGAACAAAGCCCUUUCCAUCAUUUUGCAUUUAAUUUGCUUGUUGGAGAAAGUACCUUGCAGCUCAGAACAGGAGCAUUUUAAGAAACAGACUAUUUACAAGUUUCUUAAGCUUCAGCCUAGAGGGAAGAAUAACUUCAGUCCACUUCACCUUGCUGUUGACAAGAAUACUACAUGUGUGGGUCGCUACCCAGUUUGUAAAUUCCCCUCUCUACAAGUUACUGCUAUCCUGGUGGAAUGUGGUGCUAAUAUAAAUGUCAGAGACUCUGAUAACAACAGUCCCUUACAUAUUGCUGCACUGAACAACCAUCCAGGCAUCAUGAAUUUUCUUAUCAAGUCAGGUUCACACUUUGAUGCCACAAACUCACAUAAACAAACUGCUAGUGAUUUGCUGGAUGAGAAGAAAAUAGCAAAAAACUUAAUCCAGCCUGUAAAUCAUACUACGUUGCAGUGUCUUGCUGCUCGUGUUAUAGUGAAUCAUAACAUAUGCUAUGCAGGACACAUCCCUGAAAAACUAGAGAAAUUUGUUUUGCUCCAUAGAUAA